GGGGAGGGCCGGCUGGGAGCAGGGUCCCUUCUCGUCUGGGUGGGGUUGGGCGCAGGAGAGGAGGGGGAGGCAGCGGCAGCAGCAACCCAAGCGUGCCCUUGGCACGGAGAGGAGAGCGAGCCAGGGCAGCGUGAGACGUGGCAAGCAGCAGCAGGGCUGGGGGCUGCGAGUGGCUCCCGAUCCCUUCUCCUGCGCCCUCCCUCCUUGCCAAAGGACUUGCCAAGCCAGUUUGCAGCUCUGGAGCCCCAUGUCAGUUUCCCUUGGCCCCAGCAGAUUUUCCCAGCGUGGCGCCGGUGGCUGCUGCACCUUUAAGAGAAGGGAGGGACCCCUUUUUACCCUUAGAGAAACCAGGAAGGGAGUGCACACAGCAUCAUACGGGGCUUUGCAUCUACUGUUACAGUAGGGGCAGGAACAGCACAGAGAGAGAGAGGAGAGAGAGCUCAAGAGGGAGGGAGGACUGGAAAAAGCUGCUCAGGAAUUGACUCCAAACUCCAGGAAUCCCCCUCCUCUUCCUCCUGGCCCCCACACCCUCAGGACCAACAAGCCCUCUGGUGUCGGCAUGGAGGGUGGUGUGGACGGCCCCAUCGGGAUCCCCUUUCCCGACCACAGCAGCGACAUCCUGAGCAGCCUGAACGAGCAGAGGAACAACGGGCUGCUCUGUGACGUGGUGAUCCUGGUGGACGGGCAAGAGUUCCCCACCCACCGCUCCGUCUUGGCGGCCUGCAGCCAGUACUUCAAGAAGCUCUUCACCUCAGGGCUAGUGGUAGACCAACAGAACGUGUACGAGAUAGACUUUGUGAGCGCGGAUGCCCUCUCCGCUCUGCUGGAGUUCGCCUACACCGCCACCCUUACCGUCAGCACUUCAAACGUCAGCGAGAUCCUGAACGCCGCCAAGCUGCUAGAGAUCCAGGCGGUAAGGGACGUUUGCACGGAUCUCCUGGACAGGAAGAUUCUGGCCAAAAAUGACCAGAUGGAUACAGUAGAUCAAAUUGAUCAACGGAACCAUCUCAGAGCGAAAGAGUACUUGGAAUUCUUCCAGAGCAACCCCAUCAACGGCCAACAGGGCAGCUUUUCGUGGACCAACCAAGACUUGAGAGACCUUCACAGGCUCAACUUCCGCGGCCCAGAGGAGGAGGAAGAGCCGGAUUGCAAUGGCGUGGACUUCUACUCGCAGGCUGCCCUCAACGACAGACCAAAGGUGAAUGACUGUGACCCUGACAGCAACCACGCCAUGUGGCUGGACCGGGAGGAGGACGAGACCCAGAGACCCUUGUUCCCGCCUUCCCAGAAUGGACAAUUUGGCGGGCGCAGCCUGCCGACGGCAGCAGGGGAGGACGAGUCGGUGGCGGCAGCUCAACUGGACCAGCAAGAGGCGGGGGGCUCUCCCGCCUUCGUUCCCGAGGGAGGGGAGGGCGAGGAGGGCGACGCCCGGGAAGUGGACGGCCUGGCUGCCAGUGCCCUCUUGCAGCGGAUGAUCAAUUCUGUGGGGCAGCAGCAGCUGGGCGAAGAGGACCGCAAGGAAGACGACGGGGUCAUGGAUUAUUACUUGAAAUACUUUAGCACUUCCCAAGAGGGCGGCGACUAUCCGUCCUGGUCCCAGAAAGUGGAGAAGAAGAUCCGAGCGAAAGCAUUCCAGAAGUGCCCCAUCUGCGAGAAGGUGAUCCAGGGAGCGGGCAAGCUCCCGCGUCACAUCCGGACCCACACGGGCGAGAAGCCCUAUGAAUGUAACAUUUGCAAGGUUCGGUUUACGAGGCAGGACAAACUGAAGGUCCACAUGAGGAAACAUACCGGCGAGAAGCCCUACCUGUGCCAGCAGUGUGGGGCAGCUUUCGCCCACAACUACGACCUGAAGAACCACAUGCGUGUCCACACGGGCCUGCGCCCUUACCAGUGUGACAGCUGUUUCAAGACUUUCGUCCGAUCCGACCACUUGCACCGGCACCUUAAAAAAGAUGGCUGCAAUGGAAUCCCUUCCAGAAGGGGGCGCAAGCCCCGGGUGAGAGAUGUGGGCGGCAUGCCCACCCCGGCCGCUAACCCCGAAGACGGAAGCUUUGUAAAGGAGGAGGCACAAGAGGAGGCCGUCACGCCGCAGGAUGGCCCAGAACAGCACUUUGAAGAUAGCUCUAAUGCCGAAGCGGCGUCAGGAAGUUUGAAUGUAGCGGGGGGGUCAUCUGAGGGUAACACACAAGGACUCUCCUAAACCAAAAAGAAGGUGUCACAAAAUCUAGUUAUAACUUUCCUCCAGUUCCUCUUGGAAAAAAAAUGGUUUCCUCACCCUUUUUGGGAAAAAAAAUUAGCCUUAUAGGUCUAUAAUAUAUCUCUGUUUGUGAUCUUCCCGUAAUAACCAGUUAUUCUAACCUCUUGUAGCCACGGAUUUUUUUAAAGCCCCCCCCCCCCGAAAAAAGAUGUUUAGAAAGUGGCCAGGGGUAGGGGUUGGGCAGAUGUCUAUAAAACAUGAAAUUAAGCUUCCAGAGUUUUAGUUUGUUAAAGUUUUAAAACUAUAUAUAUAUAUACACACACAACACACACACAUAUAUAAGAUAUAUUGGAGAUGUUUUCUAUUUUAGUAAGCUGAAUGUUCCAAGGGAACUAACAGGGAAGUCAGUGUAUUUGCUACCUUCAGAAAUGGAGGGAGCUUUAAAAACAAAUUUCUUCCUUUCCCCCUUCCCUCGCCCCCAGCCUGAAGUGCUCAUUUUACUUUCUGUGACUGUCUGUGGGGAAGUUUGUAUCCUUCUUUGAGUUUCAAUCCGAUUGUUUCUUCAAGUCUGUUGGGCUAGAAUUGCAGGCCCGUUUUUUAAAUUAUAGCCAGUGAAUAAUGUUGAGCAGAGAUUGGGAGGGCUUUGAGUUUCCUGAGGAUCCCUGUUAACUCCUUAUGCAAAUCCAUAUUUGAAUUAUUUUGACCACUUCCUUGUGAGCCAUAAAGGAGUCAGCAGCCCACACUGCUUGUUCGCAAAAUCUUGUGGGGGAUACAAUUCCAUCCAAUAAAUCCCAAACUCAGAAGACCCCUGCCCUGCCCUGCCCAGCCCAGCGUAACUGCACUGUGCUUUCUGAAAGGCCCAGUGAAGCUGCACUGUGCUAUCUGAAUGGUGCUCCCCUUGCUCUCUUGGGGAGAGGUUUAAGUGAAGCUCUUCAGUGAUUUCUCCCUGUGGCACAGUGGUGGUGAUAGUGGUGGACUGGGUCCACCAUCUCCACCCUGAGGGCCCUGGGAACUGUCGUUCUGUAAAGAAGUUCCAAGAUGCCUCCCCCCACAAACCUGGGAUUCCCAGGUUCCUUGAAGGAACCUAUGACAAUUUAACACUUAAAGUGUUCCGCUUCAAUUGCAGUUCUAAGCUCACUUACUUGGAAGUAAGUCCCAUUGAAAUCAGUGGGCCUUACUUCUGAGUAAAUGUGGGUGGGUCCGCACGGUUAGGGUGUUUCACCCCUUGCCCGUGGAUGCAAUUCUCAAAUAACUUCCUUUGGAGGAAUUCUGCUGAAAGCAAUGGGAUUUCUCUCAUAUGCAUUUGUUCAUUAAUUGCAGCUGGAAUGGGCCCCUUGGCGUAUGAAUUUUAAACUUGAUUGUCUAGUUACUAUUCUGAAGUAGUUUGAAUGAAUUUAAAAACUCUUCUCUGCAUUUCAGUAGCCAGCAGUAUUUUGCUGGAUGCUGCUGACUUUGAUGCGCCUUCUGAUAUCUUUGUCAGCUAAAAGUUCAUCGUUAGUAUCACCGGGUUGAUAAAAUGAAACCAAAUUCUGAGGUCAUUGGGGAAAGUUACCAUACAAAAGUUGGGGUUAAACUACUGCAAUUUUUUUACUAAACUCAGUGCUUUGAGUUUAAUAAGCUUCCCAUACAAGAUUUGUUGAAGGGUGUCCCAUUUUGCGAACAUACUUUGCUCUGUACUCCUAACAGGAUGUUGCCUGGAGAAGUUGUCCUCUUCCAACAUUUCCUUGCGUCCUUUUAGAGACGUUCUGGCGUCGGUCCCAGUUUGAAGAGGUGACUCUAAAUUUUCCAGCAUCUUUGGCCUAACUAGAAACCCAAGUAGACACUCCAGAAACUGUCCAAAAUGAUCACAACCAAUGAACUUGCUAUAUAAAGUUCCAUUUUGACUAGGCCAAACUCCUAGGCUGUAGGCUGCUGCAGCCAGGAGUUAGGCCUCCAUCAGCACCUCCUGCAACUCCCUGAGCUGGGCAAAGUGGGAUCUUUGAAACACAAUUCCAAGAAAAUAAAUUGUUCUGGAGGAGUGGGGAGAAUGCUGUGCCUUAAAAUCUCUAGGGAGAGAGUUCACGAGCACCUCAGGCUUGGAGGUUUGUCCUUCGUCAGAUGGGCACCUGCUUCUUAAUGCCCUGAGACUCUGUGGGAAGCAACAUCUCACCUGUGGAGAGGGACAAUGCAUGUGAUUGCCUGAGGAUAUGGCGGCACCAACCCUUGGUGGUGGCACGGGGAGGGAGUCUCUGAAUCCGAAUGGCCCCCAUGUUUACAAUCGCUCUCCCUUCUGUCUGGCGAAGUACAAUUCCCUCAGCAUUUCCUUCUUCCCCCAGCCCCCAAUUCCCUCUUUUGGUACCACAUAUAUGUGGGGUUGGUCCUUGUUAUAUGGAUGGCAAAACACUUAGCACAAGAUAAACGAGUACUCAGUAACCCAUUAUAUCGAAAGUGUUUGUUUUGCAAGCAAGACAAGCAUCCAUAAUUCCUACCCAGGCCUUCAGCUUUUGAGAUGUUUCCAUGGCCUGCAUUGCAUUGAGGUUUCUAGCCCAGUUUUGGGGGGUGACCCACUGAAUCCCGUUCCCCCACCUAUGUAGGAGUAGCCACCUGCAGUUAAAGCAGUGGUUGUAUCAGGUUUCUAAAAAGGCACAGAAGCUCCCACUAAGCUAAAGAACCAAGGACAUCUUUUAGCCAUUUCAGAGUUUUAUUAAAUGCACAGUUUAAAAAUGACAUAAAGAGAAAGAGAGAUAUUAGUCCUUUAUUUUGCAAGCACUUUUUGAGAGUUCUUUUUUAAUUUAAUAUUAAAAAGGUGAACCGUUUUGGCCGAAUGUAAUUUGAAUAGGGAGUGUGUGUGUUUUGUGAGAGGCGUGGGGCAGGGGGAGUUAAAAAUGGGACUUGGGUGGGAAGAUUGAUGUUUUAUUUAAUACAGAAAAAGCAAUAAAAAAACCACAAAAAAAAUAAGAUUAGAAACAAAGAAGUCUUAGCACUUUGAAAUGGAACGGGUACUUUGAAAUCACUUUAUCUUAAUUUAAAUAUAUAUAUAUAUAUUAAAAAGAAAGAAAAAGAAUAUGUUUACACGUCGAAACCAUCUUCUAUGGAAAGAAAUUUAUUGUUGUUUGUUGUUUUUAUUAAAAUGAUUCCGAAAAUUGAAUUUAUUUUUGUAAGAGAAAAACAAAAUGUAUAUAUAUCUAUAUAUUGAGAGAGCGAGAGAGACUUAAAUGGAAUCCACUGUUUUGGUUUGCGGAUUAAUACGGAAACAAAAUACGGGAGGAUUGAUGUUAAUUAGAUUCUGUGACACAGCAAAAUUAAAAACAAACAAACAAACCCUCGGAAGUGAUUUGCACUUCGAAAAAACAUAAAAUAUAAAAAAUGGAAGCUUGAAUUUUUAGGCAGGAAUCAUGGGUUUAUUUUAUGUAUGGUUUUCCCCCCCCCCCUCUUCUCUUUUUUAAUUUUCUUUCUUUUCUUUUUUUUAAAAUGUCUUAUAGCCAGUGCUGGCCUGUAUGUUUUCCAGUUAGUUUUCCCACCACCCAAUCCCCACCCCGGCACCUUCUUCAACUAAAGGGGGUUUAGACAAAUUAGUUUCCUGACCCCCUCCCACUCCAGAUUCCCCUGCCCCCAUGACUUUCUGUUGCUGGGGGAUUUGAUCAAGACAGAGUUGGAGAGGAGCUGAGAAUACACUUCUCCACUGGAUGUCUGUCCAAAGAUUAUUCUGGUGACCAGGCUGUAGAUGCAAACACCCUACUCCUGUGCACAUAAAUAUCUCCUCCAAAUAAUUUUUAUGAAUUUGAUUUUUGACCAGCUCGCUUUCACAUCAACUAGGAAAGAGAUGCCAAUGCAUAAUGAAUUGGAGAGCCAGAAAUUUAAUCACCAUCCCAUUUCCUGUGGGACAUGAGAGACCUUAGAAAGCGAUAGGAGGCCAGAUGUGGAAAGACAGCACAAGGCCCUACUUGAAUGUUUUCUGUAAAAAGCAUUCUCUGCUUUUGUAUUUUGGUGAGUGGGCAGCUGCUGGAUACAAAGAUUUUGGCAAACACGAGGUUGUGAAUUGGAGCAGAUCCGCUUUAAAAAGAUGGCACAGCUUCUGGAUCAUCCCAUGUCCAUAUCCAGAAGUGGGUGCAAAGACCUUGUGAUCCCUUAACUCUCAGAAAGUAUUUCUAAUCACGUCUCUCGCAAACGCCCUGGGGUUUUAAAAACUGAAUAAUGUGCUUGACCAAAUGAUUGUGCUCCUCUCCCAACUCUGCCCCUCUUUGAUCUGUCUUCCCUGUCUACCACCAAUCUGGCUUAUGGAAAGAAAACUGAAGGAGGUCCCGGGGACUUGGGUGGAUGGAUCGGGUCCCGCCACCACCACUUCACUCUCCUUCUCUUCCACAGAGAUCCCUGGCUUAGCACUGACUAAACUAUUGCAUAUGCAAAAACUAGUGUGGACUUUGUAAAUAGAUAGCUACAUGAAGUUCUUUAUUGUAAUCAAAAGUUGUGGUAUCUCUUCCAGUUUGUUUUACACCUUUGUCUCCACCCACAACUGUUCAUGUUUUGUGUUUUCUCUCUCCCCCUCCCUCCAAAGUCACCUCCAACCCUCAAAGGUGGGGGGGAGCCUUUCCUCCCUCUCCCCACUGCCCAAAACGGACACUGUAAAGAUUUCUCAACAAAGUCAGGGAUUUUUUUAUUGUAGGGAUGAGAGAAAAUUUGAGCACCAUAAGCCUGAUAAGAAAUAGCCAACCCUUUUCUGCCCCAACCAUUCCCCAGCUCACUUGUCCCUGUCUAUCAUAUCCAAUUUGCUUUUUGAGUCUGAAGUGGCCCACUUUGUGAAUUCACACAAUGGCUGGGAAACAGUGAAAGGUCGUUUUAGCCGUUUUAGAACCAGCUUGUUUUCCUGCGUUGAAAUUGGUGUCUCAGAGGGGACGGGCCAUUGGGCUAGAUUGGCUUUCCUUGCUGAAGCUCCCACAGAUUCUAGAAUCUCUGUGUAUCAUUCCUUUGAGUCUCAGUAAAAUGGCCUACUAACAAAAGAUUGGGCUUGACCCCGUAGAUUUGGCCCACCCACCAACUGGUCUGAUAAACCAAGCACCGUCUGCUUGCAAGCAUGUUCUCCUACAUGUUCUUUCACCUUCCAUUUCCCAUCUUAGAGUUUGUCCGUUUCAGUCUUUAGAGUUAGGUAUGCUAGCUGACCGGGGUACCAUGUGGGGCAUAGCCACCCUACAAUGUAAGCUGGUUUAACAGGCAUAUCCUCCUUCCAAAGAGUCCUGGGAAGGGCAGCUUCUGUCCAGGGAAUCUCUUAACAGACAAUUUUGCACCUUCAACAACCUACAGCUCUCAGGAUUCUUUGGGGGGAGUCAUGCCAGUUCAGCUGCUAUUAAGCCAAUUCAGGUUUUUAGUUAGAACUGUCCUUUCUCCACCCCUCCUGUACUGUUUUCCUGAACAGAGAUACCGCACCUUGUUCAUAAUGAGCGUUUCCCUUUCGGGGGGGGGGGAUUCAAUGCGCAAGACUUGGGAGUGGGGCUCAGCUUCAAGCAUCGGUGCUGGCAACACUUUAACACAAGCCUUGAUGUGUUUGCACUAAAAAGAGAGAGAAUUGUGUACCUUCUCCGUGUAGGGAGGCCCUCGCCUCUGAAUACGUUCUGCCUUAACCUUCGUAAUCUCCCUUUGUACAAGCGACGAUGAAAAAAGGAUAUCUUUGCAUGCAGGGUCCCCUUCCUUGAAUCACAUACUGUAUAUAAAGCAUUUGAUUAAUUUUUUUAAAGUUUUAUUUUUAAAGAAAAAUAUGCAGGUUGUGAUAAAGUGUUGCCAAAGAAACUGUUGAUUUUUACCACAUUUCAGGAAGAAGAAAAAGCUUAACUUCUGAAUGACAUCAACAACAAAAUACAGAUACAAAUUUUUUCCCCUUUACUGGCUUUCUUUUUCUUUUUUUACUUGAUGUCCAACCAGCUGUCAAUGUAAUAUCAGUCAAGAGGUUGAUGCUCUGCUUUUCAGAGUAUGUGUGUCUUCUCCGUUUGUUUCUUCUGCAGCUUUUUGAGGAGUGGUCUCUCCAUGCCAGUUUUGCUGACCUUUGACUUGCUGUAAUCAGAAUCUUGGAAAACAUUGCAAAAUUCAUCUGGGAUAUGAUUGGGAUGAGACGGGGUGGAGGAGAGAUCAUGGGAAUAGAAAGGAUUCUAUCUGGCGGGUCAAGGGAUGAAUAAAGAUUCCACCAGAGAUUUGCAGGGUUGUGCAAUUUGGAGAGGCAAAAUAUUGUUUUGCAUCUCCAGAUAGGAAGCAUCUCUAGCAGCGGAGGUAGGACACCACUUUCCUAUUGCCUACCGGAGUCCCUGGCUUGGAAGAAAAACACGUCUUGGACACACAAACUCUGUUCUUGCCUUUGAUCCUGUCACAGAAUUUCAUGACCUCCAGCCCCUCUGGGCCUUUAUCUGUAAGCUGCUCCCUUGACGGUCCUUCUGCAGGCAGCCAGCAUUGGGCUUCUUCCAAAGCCGUAUAAUCCAUGUGAAUGUAAACAAGAGAGGUUGUGAAGGGGUUCAAGGUCAAGGGGGCAGCUGUAUUGAGAACAGUUGGAUAGGGUCAGAGGGAGGGCAGUUUGGCGUCCAGUUGAUGAGAUUAGAAAUGGCAAAUUUCUAGCAUAUUCUAUAAAUUAUAUAAUGCACUCUACUCUCUCUGGGUUGGGAGAUGGGUCUUGUCAUGGGAUGGUGGCAUUUGAAACCAAGGGUACAACUUGUUGUGACCCAGAGUGGGGAGUUGGCAGAAGCUUAUGGAUGGGAGAGUGGAGUGCCUUCUAAGGUUUCCUGAAUAUUAUUCUGUAACCAUGACAUGUAGCGUUCCCCCUCCCCCCAUCCCCUGCUAUGGAAUUUUUGUCCAUUGCGCCCAUCCCAUUUUUGCUAUUUUUCAAAAAUGCUGGAUCCUCUGACAAGACCCUCCAGUUCUAAGCAUCACGGCCAUAUAAAAUAUUCUCCUCCCUUAAAAAGCCAAGAGAACUUUUGAGAAUUUCUCAGUCCAGUUGGGAAGAUGAACAAGAUACCCAGGACCAAGUUUCACAGGUUUAUGGCCACCCUGGUUUCCACCUCUGGGGUGGGAAGUGGAGUGUCUUCUCAAAGCAUGGCAAAUGGUUGACUUACCCCAUGUCCAUCACUUGGUUAUGGUCUUGGACUUCAGAAAAGAAGCCCGGAUUUGGGGAAGCUGCAUCAGCACCACCCCAUCCCAUCCCAACCCCACCAAAAAAGAAAGGAAAAGGAAAAGGGGGGGGAAAGCCUUAUACAUUAAAGGAGGAUACAGCAUAUUGAAAAAGUUAAGGACUUUCCUUCUUUGCACUAAUGCUGCCCCAUUGGGGAAAUUGUUCUGUUGCACUUUUUAAAAAGAAAAGCUUUUGGAAACUUUUGCAUGGGCAAAAGACGACAGGGACUUUGGAAGGCUUUUAGGUCGCAAAUGGAUGUAUGGAAAGGGAUUUUCCCUACAAGAAAGGGGCUUCCUUUUUUUAUCCCCCUACCCCUUUAGAACCUAUCCUCUUUAUCCUUACUUCCCUUUCCACCCCCAAACAUUUCAUAAAUAGUUGUAAGAAAUAGUCUUUUAAAUUGGAUGAGUCAGCCGGGGAGGGUCCAUUUGCAGGGAGCUCCCUGUUUUCUGGAUUAGAUUUGGUGCGUUCUUCUCAUCCUUCUUCAGACACAGUUCUUCUCUUCUGCAGGAAAGACCCAAGGCGCAAUCCCUCGGUGUGCAUUCUACUCUGUUCUAUGAGUACCAGCUUGUUGAUUUCAGUCUCAUUCUCUUUCUGCUCCCAAUUUUUUAGCUUGCUUAGAAAGUUCUCUGUUCAUCCAUCAACCAGCUUUGGUAUUCUCCCCAGGACAGGCAGCCCUUCUGCUAUUUAAAAUGGAUCUAUAUCUAUAUAUUUAUAUUUUCAGCAUAUGCCGAAAGCUUUAUUUAAGUUAAGAGGAAUACUUACCUUUUUAAAAAAUAAAAUUAAAUUAAAAAUUAUUUUUCAAAGAGCAUUUCAAAGAGCAUUUUGUUUAGUUGUCCACAUGCUUCCUUAGGUGAGUACUUGUUUAAAGAAGCCCUUUUAUCCUGUGGUGAAUGUUAAUAAGAUGAUAUACUGAAGCUAUGUUUUCUAAGAAAAAAGAGACAGUUUAAUUCUGGGAGUGGGUCUUAAAACUCUUGUCCCCUUUACCAAAAAUCUAAUUAUUUGGAUACAGGGACGAUAAAAGGAGAGAUUACAGAUAUGGGCCACUUUUCAUAUGUCUUUAUUGCUAUUAUUAUUGUUGUUAUCUAUAAAGAGAAUAAUCUAUCCAGAGCACUCAAAGUUCUUUUUUUUUUAAGAAACAAACCAUAAACAACUAAUCUACUUGUUGAGUGAGGUGGAUAAAGCACAGAAAAGACAUUCCAUGGAUUGUAUGUUUGAUAAUUCUUUGCUAGAAAAAAUUGAAAAGUUUGGGAGAUGAGUACAAAUAUAUAUAUAUAUAUAUAAAAAUAUAAAUAUAAAAUGCACUUUUGGGGGGGCUUAAAAUAAAUAAAUAAAUAAAUAAAUGAUUAGAAAGAUGCAACAGUUCUUUCAUUCAUGUAUAUGACCCACUUUUUAAUUCAUAAUCCUUAUAUUUGAUCGCAAUUUUUUUAAUUGCUCCAAAAAGUUUGGUAUUCCAAACUGAAGAGGUGAGAGAAAGAUCCAAAGAACUAUUUAGGAGGCAGGGGAGAUCUGAUCGAUGUCUGACUCAGAUUUUUGACGUGUUUCCCUUGAACAGCAGAAUUCACUUGUCAAUUCACAAAAUCAGUUUGCAAAGGCCUUCUCCGUUGUUCAUCACGUGGGGUGGGCUUCUGUUCAAGAAGCACAACCGCAAAGUUCCCUUGUGGGCAUGGUAGUCCUUUGGGUCCCAGCCAAAGUGGCAAAGUAGCUUCUGUGUGGCUAAGAAAUGAGUUAGAACUAUGGGUAAAAACUGAAGCCUGCUGGUUCCCGCUGAACAUCCUUCCUCAGAAAUCUGUUUUGAGGUUGCACCCAAUCUAAUUUUGCAGCGAGUCAACGGAGGGUCCUGUUCACACAUGAGAUUAUUUCUGAAAAAACACCAAAGCCGCUCAUAUUUUUGAAUACAUCCACACAAUGAGUGGCUUCAUGCAUAAUGCAGCAAAUAAGUAGGUGAUCGCUGCUGAUUCCCGCCAGGAAUGUGUUCCCACUACCACCGCCAUUUUUGUGAUAUCUGAAGCUGCCAUUUUUGGGUGGAGAAUGUCAGUAACCUACCUCAGCCUGACUUUGUCAAGCCAAUUUCAGAUGUCUGGUCCAGAAUGCUGGGCUGAGGUGCGUAACUGACAUUUUUCUCUCACUGGCUUCAGCAGUCACAAAAACGGUAGCGGGAACACCUACCCAGUGGGAACUGACAGUUCUCCCGUACUUACGUGCUGCGUUGUGUGCAAAGCUUCCCAUCGUCUGAAUGGAAACUUGUGAAUCUCACUUCUCUGUGUAUUUCAGGGGCUAGUUUUUGAUAUGUGGGUGUGACUGCAAAACUGAUCCACAAUUUGCCAUUUUGCAGGUGCUGGAGUCAUCCCUGCAAAAAAUGGGCCUUUAGGAGUGAUUUUUAUUUGGUCCUGCAAUGUUUUGCUUUGGCACAUGGGUUUUUGAUGUGGCAACCUGAUCUUGUGAAUUGUCUGCUGCUUAGGCAAGGUCCCAGCUUGCUUCAUACUGGCUUAGGAUGUUUUUUUCAAGAUGCAGUGAGACAUGAGCUAGCUGCACACUGGGGCAUUCGCAGGGCCGUGGGGCUACUGCCUCCAAAUCCACUUGUAACUUUGUGCCACGUGGAUGUGCUCAGAUGCCCAAGUUGGGGUAUGGAGCGGAAACUGCUUGAAACUGCCUUUGAGGGGUGACUCCCUAACAUAGCAGUUGGCAAAAGCAGCCCUAAGGCUACAGUCGUCUACAUACUUACUUGGGAGUAAGCCCCUUUAAGCUCAUUAGGACUUACUUCUGUGUAAAUGUGCAUAUGUCUGGGUUGUACAUUAUAGUUUUGAUCCCAUUCACUUGCCUUUCCCCCUUGCAACCUGAGGUCUAAUGGCGCCAGGCACUCACUCCCAUCUGGAAUUCUCUCUUCAGACCUCUCCACAGAAGAGGUUGCCAAGAACUUUGCUUUCCAUUGUGCCGCUGGCGUAUGGAUCUGAGAGAACAGGACAGGAGCCCGAGUUCAUUGCCUCCGCACGGCUCUUCUUUGCACAGUCCUCUUCCUUGGGUGGGCAGAUGAUGUCGGUUUCCUCUCCCUCUUUUCCCCAGUCCAAGCCAACCCCAACAUCCCCAUGGCCUUUGUAUGUACUCCCAAAUGCAACUGGCACAAAUUCUUGCACUUUUGUGGCAUCAUGGUGCCAGAUGUAGCCUUGCCCAACCCAAUCUCAAAUGGCUAACCAUUCCAUGGAAAAAUGAGAAUGUUCUUUCCCUGCCCUUAAAUAAAUUGCUUUGAUCUCUUCCCACACACCCAGUUGUUAGAUCUGGAGAAGGAUGCUAAGGAGGGUGAAAAAUGAGGGUCGGGAGAGGCUGACAAAGAGGUACAAAUUCAUAAAGUAAGUAUUCCUUGUUUAGUUAUUGUCUUCCUCAUCCCCCCACCCCCCAUGAAUCUUCUCUAGCUUGACUGUGUAGGGCAGAAGAUAGAGGUGUUUUUUAAUUCCCUGGCUCCUGAUUGGUUUGCGGGAGAAGGGAGGAAUCUUUGGACAGGGCCUCUCACUGUGGCUCCUAGUUGGAUCCUAAGUCAUAGGCAGAAGAUGACCAGACUCUAUUGACCCCUUUCAACUCUGGGACAUUUUUUUAUAGCUUGGAAAGAAUUCUCUUUCCAAAAUCCUAGCGUAUAAUCAAGCCAUGAGGUUCUUCAACGUGCUUCUGAAAGCACUGGAAGAAGGAAGCCAUUUUCUCCCGAUUCCGCUGUGCCUCGCAACUUUGCUCUAAUUAACUCUGGCUCGUAUCGGACAGGUUCCCUCUGGAGAAGAGUUGGGACUAUCAUCAUGGCGGUGCUAUUUGUCUGCCCAAUUUCUUUCCCCUGGAUUGGAACCAGUGAGCCUCCUGGUAGCCAGACAGUUCCCAUGUUCUAUGGUCCUGCUCCAUCUGAGAUAAAUCCUUGAAUAAGAAAGGCGGGUGAACCUCUUGUCACAAUGAGAGGUUAAGAGUGCAAACCAAAGACAGACCAAGUGUGUUUGUGGAGGAUUAUUGAAGAUUAUGGUUGAGACAUGUCCCUAAUAUUUUAAUGUCCCUAAAAACUGAUGGAAAGUGUCUUCGUGCAAAACAUUGGGGAUGAUAUGAUGUAAUUGUAGGUCCCUAUCUAUAUAGUAGGGCUUCUCAUAUUUCAGCCCCCAGAUGUUGUUGGUCUACAGCUCCCAACAUCUUGGGAGACCCAAGGUUGAAAACCCUACUAUAUACAAUGGGCAACAUAUUUAUUGCAACUUUAAAUUUAGUAAGACCCCCCCCCCCACAGCCCCGCCAUCAGGGCAGCAGGUCUGUUCACCUUAAUGAAAACUGUCUUAGGAAAUUUCAAGCCUCCCUACAUAACUAUGGCUUCUCUCCCACUUCUCUCCCUCAACGGAGUGAAACUGGUGAUAAACUUUGAGAUAAGUAACAAAGGAAUUUCAGUGUCCUUAAACUAAGGAAUGUCUUCCCAACACACUUAUCCUGAUUUGAAACUUGUUUAGCUGCCCAAGAGAACCCUAGAAAUUAUUAUUCUUUGUUGCCCAAGGGUUUUUUCACAAAACUACCGCUCUCAGGGUUAAGUACAUGUGAGCAAAUUUCCUUAGGAAAGCUGUGGUUGUUUCAAAACUCUGAUACUUUGAAGGACAGAUGUAGCCUCGCCACUAACAAUUCUGUGUUUCCACUCACAGAAUUCCAGUUCUGUGUCCUCACUCACAGAAUCUCCCAAUCCAGUAUCUGCCGUGUAUACUUCUUGGCCCAAGAUGGCUUUCUCCCACCUUCUGUGUGUGUCAAAACUAACUAUGUCUUUCUGUGGUGAGUGCAAAUAUUUUCCCUUUCUCUAGAAAACAAAAUAAAACCCCUAAGCUCAAAGCAAGAAGCUGCUUUUUCAGCUUACCUGUUUGUCUGCUCCCUUCACACUGAAUCAUCUUUUGGAGCAAGAUUUUCCUCAUUGGAUUCUUCAAUGCACUCUUUCCUGCAGUAAGUACGCAGGCCUGUUCUCCCCACCACCUGCACAAAUUUUCUCUGAAGAUGCUAAUAGAUCCUGUGGACACAGGAGCUAGGUCAGGUUUUCUCUCUGCUGGGAAACAUCUAUUUCUCUCCUACUGUUCAUAUUCUUCCUCUCUGUGUCUUUUUCUCUCUCUCCCCGUAUUCCUUGACUGCUGUAGAAACCCGCUUGAGGAAAGUUAAUUCAGGAAGGGUUGAGAAUUUGUUGGGAGGCCUUGGGAUUUUCUCAUAUUAAAUUUUUAAAAAUGUAUUUUUGAUGGACACCCAGGUCACAGUAUCCAACACUAAUUUCAGGCUUGGGAUGAGAGAAAUAUCUUCUCUUUCCCUGGAUCUCUUGUGUUUGUUAACAGAACAGCAAGAAUUUACAAAAACAAGAAAAAGAGUUGCAUUUGAUUUUCUUCUAUUGUUCAGGAUUGGUUGUUGACUAAAAUCAAAUCAAUUGUAUGUUCUUUUCCAUAUAUUGUACUGUAAUAGAGAACUGUUCAUUUUUUGCACUAAUAGAUUUCUUUUCUCUCGAA